AUGGCGCAGCGGGGCGAGCUGGGGCGGCAGCUCCCGCUGAGAGGCCCCCUCAAAGCCCUAGAGGCAGACAUCCACCACGCUAACGCCAUGGCGGAUGCAGUUCAGAGGAAUUAUGGUGGAGCAUGUGUGCAGAUGAGGCUGUCGUUCAGCUCCCUGGCUCCAUUCUUUUUGUACUUCAUCCAAUGGCUGGACUGCGGCUGCUGUUAUGCUCUUCCCAGCUAUUUGGGACUGUUUCAUAUUCUCAUAUGCAAGGUUUAUGCUGAUGGAGAUAGCUCAGUGUCAACAUAUGAAAGGCGGGCAAGCCUUAGGGAAUUCUAUGCAAUUAUUUAUCCUAUUCUGCAGCAGCUUGAGAGUACUUUGAUCGAGAGGGACCUGAAGGGGAAGGGUCGAUGCAAAGAUAUAGUGAGUAGGAGAAGGAUGGAGGAUUGGAAAAAGCUUUCUGGUAAGGAUCUGGAAAGGGAGGAUGAAUGUGGGAUUUGCAUGGAGGCAUGCACCAAGAUGGUCCUGCCUAAUUGCAGCCAUGCAAUGUGCAUAAAGUGCUAUAGAGACUGGUAUAAGAGAUCAGAGUCUUGCCCUUUCUGCCGAGGAAGCCUCAAAAGAAUCCGCUCAAGAGACCUUUGGGUGCUUACAAAUUACAAUGAUGUCAUUGACCCUGCACAUUUAGAAAGAGAAAACUCAUACCUCCUGGGUCCUAGCACUGGAGACAGGUCAUGGCACGAGAAGUUAAAUGUCUUGUGUACAGUACUUACAAAAUCCUCUGCUAGAAAUGACGCAGCUGUGCAUCUGCGAUGCGAUCUGGUUUAA